AUCAUCUUCGCAGGGCACGGAGGAGAAGGGAAGAAGAAAAGAACGGAAGGAGAAGAAGAAACCUGACUUUGAAGAAGCGUCGCGCCAUCGCUAUUCCUCCGUCGCCGCCGCCGCUGCCGAGUUGUGUCCGUCGUUGCCCAGGUUCUCAGUGGCAUCUGAAGCACAUCAUGAUUCAUUUCUGCAAACAGAUUUAUUAACCUUUGUCAAGUCCACUUUACAUAAUCCUGAAGGCCCGAAUCAUUGUUGGUUGAAUGGAAUUGGUGGAAGUACAAAGAGUAAUCAAGAUGGAAUGCUUUUAUUGCUGAUAAUUUUAUCUAUUAAGGAUUUAGAAAUCGUGGGCAAUCGACAACAUGCUCGUGGGUUUCAACUAGCUAAAUUGGUACAGCAGAGGCAUCCGGAUGUCAAUAUUAUUAUAGUAUGUUCUGGCUUGCUCGAUGCAAUUUCUGAUACUGCUUGGAUCAUUAAGGCUGUCAUGGAGGAGUUUAUUACCUUUCCUAUCUUAGUAUUGAAGAAGGAUUUUCUUCAGUUUCCUAAAAUUGUUCAGAUGUCAGACCAUGUGGGAUUCUUGCUAUGUCAAGGCUCAAUUGAUCAUUUGGUUUAUUUAAGUGGGCACAAUGAGAUUGCUGUAAUAUCUAAAGCAAUUGAGGAAUACAGUGUCCACAAGGACGAAAAUAACCCUCCAGUUCAACAGAGUAUUAUGGAUAAAACAAGCUAUGACAACAUGAUAAAGGAACCUUAUUUUUCUCCGUUCAGGAUCUUGCUUCUCCAUUACCCAGGUUCAAUUUCCAUAGAUGAAGAUGGAAACCGUAUGUUUGUAUCUGACAGUAAUCAUCAUAGGAUCAUUGUUAGCGAUAGUGAGGGGAGGAUUUUAGAUUGUAUUGGUUCUUCCCCAGGUUUCGAGGAUGGUAAAUUUGAAUCUGCUAAAUUGUUUCGACCUGCUGGAUCAUUCUAUUGCCCCAAUGAAAAUUGCCUUUUCUUUGUGGACUCUGAGAACCAUGCGAUAAGAAGAGCUGAUAUGGAGAACAGAGUGGUGGAGACCAUUUACCCUGCUUCUGUUCAAAAAAGCAGUGGGGUUUGGAGCUGGCUCCUUGAUAAACUUGAGCUGGGAACCAAAGUUGUAUCUCAAGCUGGGCAGCUGGAUUUGGAUUUGAUUAAAUUACCAUGGCAUUUGUUGAACAUGAGGGAGAAUGAUCUUUUAACUAUUGAUCGCAGUUUUGAAACCUUAUGGGUCGUGAGCAGGGAAUCUGGAGAAAUUAAAAAGAUAGUGAAAGGUGUAUCAAAUGUUAUGGAGAUAUGUGGGGACAUGAUAAUGGAGAAAGCAACACUAUUGAAGGAAAUUUCAGAGAAUUUGCCACCAAAGACAUUCCAUCAUUGCCUUUCUGAUGAAGGGAUGUGUUUUUCUGGUUGGCUGUCAUCAAUAGCAAUGUUCCAAGAUGAUAUCAUCUUCUGCAAUGCAGAUAGUCAAAGAAUUUUUAGGUAUCACCGUGAGUCCAGAGUCAUUUCUUAUCUACAGCUUUCAAACUUAGGAGUACUUGGAUUGCCAUAUUGGAUGGUUUGUCCUCUUGAGAGAGUUAUUAAGCGUGAAAAUAAAGAGACGAUUUUGAGCGAACAUAUUCGGCAUUUCAAUGUCCUUCCAGGAAAGUGUGACAUACAGUUUGAUGUAAAUAUACCCCAAGAUAGCGAACUAGUAUCACCUGUGGAGAAAAGUUGUUUAUGGUUCCAUGUUAGAGGUUCUGCUUCUGAAUUUUCUGCAGUUGAAGAACAAAAAACUGGGGCAGGGAAGGAUGGGAUUGCUCAACAGUGGUUUGAUGAAUUGGAUAACCUUGCUUUCUCACAAGUGGAGGAUGAAACCUCUUCUCUUGAUGAAGGUGAACAUGUGGAAAGGCAAUUCCAAGAUGACAGGGUUCAUUUUAAUUGUUCAAUCGGCAUAAGUCCUGGAACUGCUGAGGUGGUGGUCUCUACUGUUCUCUAUCUGAAAUUGAAGAAAACACAAGAAAACAUUGAGGAUCGAAGUUCACUAGCAAUGAGAAUUCUGGAGUGCAAUAAACAGAAAAUGAGCAAACUGGAAGCCGACGCAUCAACCAGAUUGCUUUUGGAAACCUUUAAAGAUGUAGAAGAUUUGAUCUUUAUGAAGCCUGUGCACAUCAGACUAAAGCUGCAGUGCGCUGACCACCCAACUGCUGUAACCAACAAAGAGACCAUCUGCACAGAUUCCUUGAUAAAUGUUGACAUAUCUUUGGACUAGUAGCUCCACAGUUCCAUUUAUCGAGUAGGUCCACUUUUGUUGUUCUAAUAGUAUUCCAAUUUCUUUUUGCCCCCAAUCAGAUGUGAGCAAGAGAAUCCUGCCAAGCAGGAGCCAACAGACCCAUUUAUUUGAUUUCCUCUGUACAUUUCAAUCUCGUCGUAGAGACAGCAGGGGCGAUAACUAUUAAUUAUUUUUGAUAAUGAAGGGUAGAGAAUGUUCCGCCAUCAUGAGAAACAAUAACAUAAUUUCAACAGUUAACUCUGUACAUCCUAAUAAUUGCUAGAAUUUGUUUUUUUGUUUUUAAA